CGAACCCCCCGAUCCACCGACUCGAGCGGGGAGCAUGUUGUAAACAGUUGUUUGUUCAGUUUUACCAUCGCUUUACUGAAGAGUGGGAUUACACAAGAUAUUUUGCAAAGAUGUCAUCUGCAACUAAGACGUCGAGAAUCGGCGAAGAAUUAUGGAAAACACGGGUUGACAAGGUCAACGCGGAGCUGGUGACGCUCACCUACGGCACAAUCGUCGCGCAGCUAUGCCAAGACUACGAUAGCAAUUACCAGGAGGUAAACCGACAGCUGGAGAAGAUGGGCUACAACAUCGGGAUGCGCCUCAUUGAGGACUUCCUGGCGAAGACGGGAGCGGGCCGGUGUGCGAAUUUCCGGGACACGGCCGAUAUGAUCUCGAAGGUUGGAUUCAAGAUCUUCCUCAACAUCUCGCCCAACGUGACCAACUGGACGAGCGACAAUAACCAGUUCUCGCUCAUCUUCGACGAGAACCCCCUGGCGGACUUUGUGGAGUUACCAGAUGACGGGAGGGCGCAGGAUGAAUUGUGGUUUUCGAACAUUUUGUGCGGUGUACUGCGUGGUGCUUUGGAGAUGGUGCAAAUGCAAGUCGAGGCGCGGUUUGUGAGCGACGUGUUGCGCGGGGACGAUACGACGGAGAUGCGGGUCUCGCUUGUGAGAUAUAUCGAGGACGAGAUGCCACCGGAGGAGGAAUAGAGGGGGUGGAAUUUCUUGGAUUGGCGUGACCGGCGUUUGGGAUCUACCUCCGUAUAUGUGUAUCUACGUUAUUGCAGAGCAAGACGUAUAAAUCAAUCAAACGUAAUUUCAAGGGUA